AUGGAUCCUUGGGUAUAUUGGCGUGAUAUUUUAGGAUCUCCAAAGACGGUUCUAGCUCCAAUGGUAGAUGCAAGUGAAUUAGCUUAUAGAUUAUUAUGUAGAAAAUAUGGUUGUGAUUUAGCAUUUACUCCAAUGUACCACUCUGGUUUAUUCUCCAAACUAUCAGGAUAUAGAAAUACAAAUUUUCAGACCUGCGAUGAUGAUAAACCACUUAUACUACAAUUUUGUGGUAAUAACCCUGAAGUAAUACUUCAAGCAUCAAAAUAUAUUGAUAAUAAAGUACAAGGGAUAGAUUUAAAUUUUGGAUGCCCACAAAAUAUAGCAAAAAGAGGACAUUAUGGAGCAUUUUUACUUGAGGAACCAGAACUAAUGGAAUCUCUAGUGUCAAAAUUGGUAAAUAGUGACUUAAAAUGCCCAGUAUCUUGCAAGAUACGUUUAGUUUGUAAAAAUGACUUACAAAAAACAAUAAAUAUUAUGUAUAGACUAGAACAAGCGGGUAUUAGUAUGUUAACAGUACAUGGUAGAACAUUAAAAGAUAAGGGUACUUUAACUGGAUCUUGUGAUUGGGAAUCUUUAAAAAUAAUGAAGCAAAGGUGUAAUAUACCAUUUAUUGCUAAUGGUGGGAUUCAUACUUUUGAGGAUAUUCAAAAGUGUUUUGAUUAUACUGGAGCUGAUGCAGUUAUGUCUGCAGAAGGUAUUUUAGAAGAUCCAUGGCUAUUUUAUAGAUUUAAGAAUAAUCAAAAUAUAAAUAGACCAUCACAGUUUGAUCUAGUUGGUGAAUAUAUUGAUGUAUGUAAAAAGUAUCCACCACCAAAUAAUAGUAUUGUUAGAUCUCAUUUAUAUAGAAUUUUUCAUACUAUAUUAAAUACUCCUGGAGCUAACAAGUUUCGUGAUAAAAUAAAUGUUGCAAAAGAUCUAAAUGAUUUUAAAAUUUUUAGUCAGGAACUAUAUCAUUUCUUUAUAAAUCUUCAAAAUAAGUUUCAUAAAGAUAUCCCACAAGUAGGAUUUUGGUAUAUUAGACAUAGAAUUGAUAGACUUGAAAAGCAAGUAAGUAAAGAUCUAAUCUCACUAUAUAGACAAGAAAAUAUUCCAUUACCAAGAACAUUACAAAAGGAAACUCAAAGAUACCAAAAUAAACAAGAUGAUUGCCAAGGAAUUAGUAUGAAUAAUCCAUUAUUUAGUUCUAUAUCACAAAGUACAUUACUCUAUAACAUGUAA